UAUACAGCUAUCUUUUUGACAGGAACGGACAGGCGAUAAAAUGUUAUUUGUUAAUAUUUUUUUGUAAAUACCUAUUAAUGAGCGAGCGUAUAAUGUGAUCACGAUGGGCGGUUGCAUUGGAAUAACUAGAAGCAGGAGUGGGCCCAUAGAGGAAUCUUCGGGAUCGGUGUCGCGGCCUAAUUCGGGCGGAUUGCGGAAGAACCAGUCACUGUGUCACGAGACGAUAAGGUGGAAAUCUGAUAUGCCGUUAACGGAGGGUCAAUUGAGGAGUAAGAGGGAUGAUUUUUGGGAUACUGCUCCGGCGUUCGAGGGUCGUAAAGAGAUCUGGGACGCACUACGGGCGGCAGCAGUUGCCGCUGAAGCCAUGGACUUUCAGCUCGCGCAAGCUAUACUUGACGGUGCUAGUGUUUCUGUGCCAAAUGGCUACCUGACAGAGUGCUAUGAUGAAUGGGGGACCAGAUAUCAGGUUCCGAUAUACUGCCUGUCGGCUCCUAUAAACAUGAUGAAGGAGGCGAGCGGGCGCGACUCGCCGGCGGAGUGUUCGGAGCCCGUGGAGGGCGGCGUGGCGCUGGCGUUGCGGCUGCGGCUGUCCACCGGCGGCCCCGACCUCGACCUGCCCGUCUGCUCGAGGCACACUAUUGCGCACUGCAAGGCCAAGCUACACGCUCAGGAGAACAUCGAGCCGUGGCGGCAGCGCUGGUUCUACGGCGGGAAGCUGCUCGGUGACCGCCUGCUGGUGGAGGAGGCGCGCGUGACGCCCGGAUACGUGGUGCAGGUCAUCGUGGCGCCCGAUGAGCACGAGCCGCACAGCUAGUCGCGCGGCGAAAUAUCAAUCCAGGAAGUAACUCAGUGACGUAACCGUGGUCACGACCGACACAGCCGAGACUGGCUCUGAUAUUCUAAAUGUUCCCUAACCGUAGUCACUAUGAGAAGGAUCUUUAACGGAAUAUGUAGAAAUCAUAAUUUAUCCUUUACGAAAAUUUAAAUCGCUGGACUUAACCGCUUUUGUUUUCAAACAUUUAACAUUUGCCGGUUACCCUUAAACAGUUAUAUCCAAGUAUCAAUAAGACUUUAUCAUAUAAUCUAAUUUUUUGCUCUAUAUAAGACAAAUUACUAAGAUGCAGUAAAAGUGGAAAUUAUAAAUAUAUAAUUUAUAUUCUUAUAUAUAUAAUUUGAUCAUGUCCGUCCGUACGCCACUGCCUCGUUUCGCUAAACAUAGCCAUACAAAUAGCAUUUUCUUCUGAAAUUGUAUAUAAAAGUAAUUAGUGAUUAUUUAAAUAUCGUCUCUCGUUUCAUAUGUUAGUUUUUUUUCUACUUUAAAGUUUAAACAAACAAUAAUACGAAUAAGUAUUGUAUAAGUACGUUUAUUAGAAUUUAUCAUGUCUAAAAUCUAUCAAAUCGGGUUACGAGUUAAUAUGUUACCAGUACAAUUAAAAAAAAAAACUUUUUUUUUAAUAAAUACUUUAAAUAAUAUAGAUUCAUAGCGAGAAUAUUUCUAGCGAUUUAAAUUGUUCGUCUCAAGGUACACCUGUAUAAGACAUACAAUGGAAUUUAAAAUGAAAUUAAUAAUGUGAAAAAAACUAAAAUGAUAUCAGAAAUAUGUUUCAUACUUAGGGUACUAAAGUAAAUAAAGGACCUAAAUCGUAUUUGUAGUGUUUGUAGAGCUAUUACUGUCGCCGAACUGUAAAUAUAGUAAAGCUAAAAAUAAGGGUAUUUGAUAAAAACUUAUGUACGCUUUCGUAACAUGCGCACGCGUGCAUGAAGCAAAGAUAAAACAUGUAAUUAAUGUAUUUUCUACUUAUCCGUAUUCGAGGCCUAUUGCAAAUGGACUUAUUUCAAUUGAGUAUAAAUUAGAAACGCUUGACUAAUUGAAUCGAAACAAAACCGAGCUUUUUUGUUCAAAUUAUAAUAUCAAAUUAUUUUAAAUUCCUAAAAUCUGAAGAAGAUUACUAUGAAAAAUACUGUCAAAUAUAUCAAAUAAUCGUAUUUACAAGUGCAUAUGUUGAUGAAUUUAAAAAUAUGCAAAGGGCGCACGUUCUCAUAUAAAAUAUUAUUUGUAUAGUUGCACGUUCUAUGUGUCACCGUCAUGUUUGUGGUAAACGUUUGUUG